AUGGAAUCAGGAGACAGAAACCUACGGAGCCCCGGAGAGGCGAGGGUGAGGGACUUUAUUAAAGGCAAACCGAAGGGCCAAGCUGCCAGGACCGAGAAGGAGCUGUUCGUGUCACUGGUUGAGUUGUUGAUCAGCCCGGGCACAACGGGACGCGAGGGAAUUGUCACGGGGGACGGUGGGAGGGACUUUGAUUCCGCGACCCACGGGGAGGAGACACCCACCCCAGAGUGCCUGUUAGCCGGCCAGUCCUCCAGGGGGAAGCCGGUGAAGCGCACCGGAAGAGGCUCCAACAACAUCAAAAUACAACCGGAGACUACUUCCAUUAACCCGACCAAACCCAUCCGUGAAUUCCCCGUGGAUCACCUCUCUAAUAUGAAGCCUCUCCAUUCUAAUGGAAUUACGCUCAAGGGUCGCGCCGCCGUGGGAGCUGUUCCGCCCGGGGCGACAUGGAUCAUGAUGCCGCCCGGGGCGACCCGCGGCCCAACACAGACAGGGGUGAAGCUGGGACUGUGGAGCUUCAGCUGGGGCUGGUGGUCUCUCUUCCUGCUCCUCCUCAGCGGCUGGAUAAACAUGUUGAAUGCACAAGUCAUGGGUAACUUUUCUGGUGAAGAGCAGCGUCGUACGGUCAGUGUUGGUCGAGCUGCGGUCCUGAACACUCCAACCGUCAGCUGCUUCCCGAGACCGCAGGUCACCUGGUACAGAGACGGUCACAAGAUAAUCCCCAGCAACAGAGUAGCCAUGUCGUUGGAUAAUCAGCUGGUUGUCUUGUCGGCCAGGACGGCUGACGCGGGUCGGUACUACGUACAGGCAGUCAACGGGCUGACCGGACAGAACCACACCUCUCCCUCUGUCUACCUCAGCAUGGCUGACCCUGAUGCUCUGGUUGAGCCCGUGGCUCCGGUGAUUGUGAUUGGUCCGAAGAAUAUGUCUGUCGUGGCAGGGAGGGAAGCUACACUUGAGUGUAUUGCUAACGCCAGGCCGGUGGAGAGGCUGGUGUUGUCAUGGAAACGUAAUGGGCGUCGGCUGGCCAGUGGAGUGGGCGUGUUCGGGCGUCGCCUGACCCUCUCUAGCCCCUCCCUCUCAGACGGGGGCGUGUACGUGUGUGAGGCGUCGCUUCUCAACUCCACCACCAGACCCACCGAGGCCCGGGCCCAUCUCACUGUACUGGUGGACAGCUUCCGACUCAGGCACAGCACGGGGGAGCUCUUCUCCUGGCUCCCCUUGGGCCAGUACAGCUCCAAUUCCCACAGCCGAAGCGUCCACCUGAGUGGCUGUAGAUCACCAUGUCGUCCAAGUAAGCAGCACAGUAAUCGUCACAGUCCUGGAGGACCAUCAGCCUCUGGGAAGUUGCAGGGGCCUCAUGAAGGCCAAACGGCCUUGAACUGGAACAGGCCCAUCGGCAUCCGGAAGGCAGUGUGGGCCUUGGAUUGUUCGUCCAGGGGAACCUGCCAUGUGACCUCCGACUCGUCCUCUCCAUGCCUCUGUGACCCCCCCUCCGACUCGUCCUUUCCAUGCCUCUGUGACCCCUCCUCCGACUCGUCCUCUCCAUGCCUCUGUGACCCCUCCUCCGACUCGUCCUUCCAUGCCUCUGUACAGCCCUUGCCACUGCCCAAGGAGCUUGCUGGUCGACGAGGGAAGGAGGAGCAGGACUUUCUGUCCUGGCUCAAACUCUCUGAGGCAAGCUUGGCCAACCCUCGCUACAAGGUUACCGCGGCAACGGGUCUGACUGUGCGGAGAGUCCAACCAGGAGAUGCCGGAAUGUUCCAGUGUUUCGCUCGGAACGCUGCCGGAGAGACACAGACACACACACAGCUGGUGGUCACUAGUGUCACCCCCUCCUUCUCCCUCCUCCCCUCUGAUCUCACCGUUACCGAUGGCAACUCGGCUUUGUUCACCUGCGAGACCACUGGAGCCCCCAAACCUGCUGUCAGUUGGAGGAGAGGUUCCCAGCUCCUGGCCAGUGGGACAGUCCAGAUUCCCAGGUUCACCCUGCUGGAGUCAGGUGGUCUGCUGGUUGAGCCAAUCAGGAUGGAGGAUUCUGGCGACUACACCUGUACUGCUGCUAGCGCAGGUGGAUCCAUCAACGCUAAGGCCACUCUCACUGUCCUGAUUCGUACAUUUAUCUCCGUCCCGCCGGUGGACCAGAGGGUCAUCAAGGGAACCACGGCAACCCUGGACUGUAACGCUACACACGACCCCAGGGUCAACAUCAGUUUCCAGUGGCAGCGUGGUGCAGUACCCCUCCAGCCCAGCGGGGGCAGAGUGUCUAUAUUGUCGGGUUCUCUGACCAUCAGCCAGACUUGGUCAGGCGACAUAGGAGACUAUACCUGCACUGUGACAUCACAGGCCGGGAACCAAUCACGCUCCGCACGCCUCGAAGUCAUUGAGCUCCCCCACUCCCCCAGGUCUCUGUCUGUGUCUCUGAAUGAUUCAGACAGCCGUUCAGUUCUUCUCUCCUGGGUCAGACCCUUCGAUGGAAACUCUCCUCUUCUACACUACAUACUGGAGCUGUCUGAGAACAACUCUCCAUGGAAGGUGUACACGUCGGAGGUGGGGCCUGCUGUGACACAGGUGUCGGUGGGCGGGCUCACCCCUGCCAGGACCUAUCAGUUCAGACUCUGUGCUGCCAAUCAAGUGGGCCGCGGCCAAUACAGCGGCCUGGGAGAGUACAGUACUGCUAUUACUGAGUACACACUACAGGGAGUCCCCACAGCGCCCCCUCAGGCUGUAGAGGUAACAGCAGUCAGCUCCUCCGCUGUCAGAUUCACCUGGAACCCUCCGCCUCAGCAGUUCAUCAACGGGAUCAACCAGGGAUACAAGUUGCUAGUCUGGCCAGAGCACUCCCCCGAGGCUGUAACCAUAGUGACCAUCACCCCCGACUACCCCGGUUCCCGCCUCAACGGAUUGGUUGUUGGACUAAGGAAGUUCACCUGGUAUCUAGGCUCCGCCCUCUGCUUCACCACGCCCGGCGAUGGACCCAAGAGCCCUCCCUUACUGCUACAGACACACGAAGACACUCCAGGUCCGGUGGGUCACUUGAGCUUCACUGAGAUCCUGGACACGUCUCUGAGGGUGAGCUGGGCAGAGCCUAAAGACAAGAACGGCAUCAUCACAGGUUAUGUGAUAUUGUGGUGUGUUUCUGGGUCAGCAUCGGGGUCAGGGUCAGGGUCGAAGGUCAAUGCGUCCUGUGAGGAGCGAGCUCUCUCUAACUCUACCCUGCAAUACAAGGUCACCAGCUUGACCUCUAUGACAUCAUACGCCCUGGAGGUCGCCGCCAUGACAGCACCAGGAAGAGGCGUGGCCACCACCUCCACCAUCUCCUCUGGAGUUCCACCAGAGCUUCCUGGUGUGCCUUCUAACCUGGUCAUCUCCAACAUCAGCCCUCGCUCCGCCACACUAAGGUUCCGUCCCGGCAGCGAUGGGAAGACGGUCAUCUCCAAAUGGAUCGUAGAAGGACAGGUGGUGAGAGAGCGGGAUGGGAAGGAGGAGGAGUGGAGAGUCGUGUAUGAGAGAGAGAACAGAGAGAAGCAGCCUGAUGUCGACUCAAUGGAAAUACCAGACCUCCUCCCCUUCACACUGUACAGGUUCCGAUUGCGCCAGGAGAACAUUGUGGGCUCCAGUCCCUCUAGCACCCCCUCCAGGAUGAUUCAGACACUGCAGGCGGCCCCGACACACCCCUAACAACCUCACCCUGACACUCCCCCUAACAACCUCACCCUGGUUACAGCUACACAGACCAGCCUCACACUACGCUGGGUGCCGUUACCGGUUUCUGAGUAUAAUGGUAGUCCAGAGACGGUGGGUUACCGGGUGUGUGUCCGGCGGGCAGACGGCCAGGGAGAGGAGAGGAUGGAGGAGGUGGCGGAGGUCAGAGGACAGGGGUCAGGGGUUAGUGGUCAGCAAAGCGAGACGAUGCUGGAGGGCCUGGCUGAAUGGACGGACUACCAGUUGAAGAUACAAGCCUUUAACUCCAUAGGAGCCGGACCAUGGAGUAACACACUGACCACACACACCAAGGAGUCAGUGCCGUCUGGCUGUCCAGUGAAUGUGAGUGUGGAGGCGGUGAGUUCUACCAGGAUUUUGGUCACAUGGUCUCCUGUUCCCGAGAUGCAGAGAAACGGACCCAUCCUAGGUUACAAGGUGUUGUGUCCCAGGUGGAGGAUUGUGUGGACCCCCUCAGUGUGGUCAGUCCCAGGGGAGAGGAGUGUUUCUGUCCUCCUGGGGGAACUACUGAAGUACACCGUCUACCAGAUACAGCUGGUAGCAUUCACACAGCUGGGGGACGGACCACCGAGCCCCAAAACACUACACAGGACCAAGGACGACGUUCCAGGUCCUCCAGUGAGGCUGUUGUUUCCAGAGGUUCGUCUGACAUCUGUCAGGGUGGUGUGGCAGCCGCCUACUGACCCCAACGGGAUUAUCAUGGGUUAUCAGAUAGCGUACCGUCUGGAUGCCGGCGACCCCCUGCGUUUCACUACGGUGGAGGUGGGGUCGACCGCGCGUCAGUUUACAGUCAGCGGUUUGACCGGAGACCAGGCCUAUGUGUUCAAGUUGACCGCUCGGACCUCUCAGGGAUGGGGCAGAGCUGAGGAAGCUGUAGUUAUCACCACCGAACGCAGAGAGCGUCCCUCCCCCCCCAGGAAGUUGUCUGUCCCCCAGGGGGAGGUCCAAUCUCGUAGGCUCCGCCUCCACUGGGUUGCCGGGAUGACAGGCUCCUCCCCCCUACGGUACUACUGCCUGCAAACCAGAGAGCUUCCGACCGGAGACUGGACCAGUCACUCUGCUGAUAUACCACACAAUUAUACAGCCUGGACCGUAGAGAGACUGAAACCCUUCACGUCGUACAAGCUGAGGAUGCUGGCAACCAACGAUGUAGGAGACAGCAACUACAGCAAAGAGACGGAGACUGUUAUCACAUUACAGGAUGAGCUGAAGAAGUUUAAGUGUUAUGAGAUCGUCAUGACAACCUAUAACACCGUAGGAGAGAGCCCACCCUCUGAGCCGGCCACUGUAUCAGUUGGAGAAGCAGCUCCCUCCUUGCCACCCCAGUCUAUCAGAGUGGUGCCUGUCUCUCCUACUGUACUGGACACAUCCUGGGACCUCCCACCCCUACACACACAAAAUGGACUCAUCCAGGGUUACAAGAUCCACUGCUGGCAGGGUGACAGACAGAACGAGACGGAGAAGGUGGUGUUUGUUCCUGACAGGCGUGUUCGUCUGGUCAACCUCACGUGUUACACGUCCUACCUCGUCACGCUGUCUGCCUUCAACGUGGCUGGAGACGGCCCGCCCAGCGAACCCCGGGGCGCCAGGACCCUACAGGCUGCUCCCAGCCAGCCUAGUUUCCUGUCGUUUUCGGAGGUGACAGGAUGGAGUGUCAACGUCUCCUGGGGGGCGCCCAGCGCUUCUAACGGGGUCGUGGAGGGGUACAGGGUGGUCUACCAGCCCACACAGCCUGUACAGGGUGUGAGUCGGGUGGUGACGGUGGAUGUGAAGGGUAGCUGGCAGCGUUGGUUGAAGGUCAGAGACCUGACUAAAGGAGUAAUCUACAGGUUCAGUGUCCAGGCCAGAACAGUCAGCUACGGACCUGCUGCCCACUGUAACGUCACCUCACAACCUCUACAGGGCACCCCUGGUUCGCCCAUGGAGAUGUCAGUCACCAAGUCCUCCUCGGCGCUGACCAUUCAUUGGUCGGAGGGAGACGCGGGGGCGGGACCUGUCAUAGGUUACGUCAUCGAGGCUCGUCCCUCAGAUGAAGGGAUGUGGGACUCGUUUGUCAGGCUCCUCCCCGCCAGCAGUAGGUCAGUAACCGUGGAGAUGGACCGUCUGAGGUCAGGGGUCGGAUAUGAGUUCCGUGUCAUCGCUGUCAAUCGCUACGGUUAUGGAGAACCCAGCACGCCAUCCACCGCGCUCGCUGCUCUGUGGGACCGUCCCUUCUAUGAGGAGUGGUGGUUCCUGUUGGUCCUGUCUCUGAUUGGUCUGAUCAUGAUCCUCAUGUUGGUGUUCAGCCUCCUGCUGCACGGACACAACCACAAGUACAGGAGCUGCAGCACAGGAAAGCAUGUGUCUACAGUGGAGGAGUCCGUAACCCUGGACAACGGAGGAUUCACAGCUCUGGAACUGAACAGCAGAACUCUGAACAACAAGAGCACCUUCCACAAGAAGAAUGGAACUAGGUCCCCUCCCAGGCCCAGUCCAGGCCUCCUCCACUACUCUGAUGAAGACCUGUGUGAUAACUACAACAAUGGAGCCAUCCUCACAGAGAGCACCACACUCACAGAGAAACCUGCUGACAUCUCAGAGUCUGAGGUAACAGACAGUGACUGUGAGGAUGAUCAUCAUCCUAAACAUUCCUUUGUUAAUCACUACAUGUCAGAUCCCACCUACUAUAACAGCUGGAAGAGACAGCCUAAAGGCCUGAAGGGGUUAAGUCCGGCGUCCGGCUACGAGGAGUGUUCCAGCGCUGACGGGGCAGAGCCCUGCUACCAGACCGUGGUCACACAGCACAGCACAGGGGGAGCGUACACACCCACUGGGCUGCCCGCGCACACACACACACUCCCACACACACACACGCACGCCAACCCCAAUACUAAUCCACCAGGCUCACGCACACCCGUCACGGGGUUCUCGUCUUUUGUGUGACUCGUGCACACAUGUGCUCACACACACACACACACACACGCACAGGGGGCGGAGCGGAGGAGGUUUGGAGCCCACUACUGUGGUAGGACAGAGGG